AUGAGUGACAGCAGCCGGGUCCAACCAGCUACUCGAGAGCGUGGCCUCCGCCAGGGGCGUUACGGGGACGAGGGGCCGGGACCAAUCUCAAAUGAGAGUCGCGGAGGGGCGGUCCCUCAACCGAGGUUCAGCCAAUGGAGGAGGCGAGGUGGGCGGGCCGGGGGUGCCUGGCGGCGAGUCCUCAGCUCCCAGCCGAGGUGCGGCGAGCCGGUGGGGGGACCGCGAGGCGAGCGCGGGAGCCUGGGCGGCGAGCGGGGUGUGAGCUGCCCGAAAAUGCACUCGGAUGCCGCCGCUGUCAACUUUCAGCUGAACUCUCAUCUCUCAACACUGGCAAAUAUUCAUAAGAUCUACCACACCCUUAAUAAGCUAAAUCUAACAGAAGACGUUGGCCAAGACGAUCACCAAACAGGAAGUCUGCGGUCUUGCAGUUCUUCGGACUGCUUUAGCAAAGUGAUGCCGCCAAGGAAAAAGAGAAGACCUGCCUCUGGAGAUGAUUUAUCUGCCAAGAAAAGUAGACACGAUAGCAUGUAUAGAAAAUAUGAUUCAACUAGAAUAAAGACUGAAGAAGAAGCGUUUUCAAGUAAGAGGUGCUUAGAGUGGUUCUAUGAAUAUGCAGGUACUGAUGAUGUUGUAGGUCCUGAAGGCAUGGAGAAAUUUUGUGAAGACAUUGGUGUUGAACCAGAAAAUGUAGUUAUGCUUGUCCUAGCUUGGAAAUUGGAUGCACAGAACAUGGGUUAUUUUACUCUACAGGAAUGGUUAAAAGGAAUGACUUCUCUACAAUGUGAUACAACAGAAAAACUCAGAAAUACUUUGGAUUACUUAAGAUCAUUAUUAAAUGAUUCUACAAACUUUAAACUUAUUUACAGAUAUGCGUUUGACUUUGCACGGGAAAAGGACCAGCGCAGCCUAGACAUAAACACUGCCAAAUGCAUGUUGGGACUGUUAUUAGGAAAAAUCUGGCCCCUUUUUCCAGUUUUUCACCAAUUCUUAGAGCAAUCAAAAUAUAAAGUUAUUAACAAAGACCAGUGGUGCAAUGUGCUAGAAUUUAGCAGAACAAUUAAUCUUGACCUCAGCAACUAUGAUGAAGACGGAGCAUGCUUUUCCUGGCAGCAUGUCCACUGCAGGCAGUGGACACGAAACCACCAGCAGCGAGCUAACUCUGUUACAUGCUAGGACCUUUCCUGGAGGGCCGCUCGUCAUCACCUGAGUAAUUUGUACAGAAAGGUGAUAGCCAUUAUUUAUGUGGAUGAGGAAGCGAGAGUAAGCAAGAUGGUAUUUUUAGGUUUGUAUUUUAUGUCUUUUUUUUUUUUUUCCUUGCCUUACCCUUCUUGAGGAAAUGUAUAGAUAACAUGUUUUCCCCUCAACUAUCUGGUGCUAUUGAAUGACUAAUUUAGUCCCUAAAGUUUUGUGAAAACACAAAAGUCUAAUGAUUUAAACCAAGUAAAAAAGUUAAUGGUGCAUUUGAACAAGUGAAUGCUAUAGUUGUCAGCAAGAUUCAUGAUUGAACAUAGAAUGAUUGGAAGAGGUUUGGAUUAUUUCAAAAUAUGGCCAAAAAAAACUUUUGGAUUAAAUGUGAACCUUUAAAAGGCAUGAGAUGAGUAAAGCACACAGACAAUGCUACUCGUGACCACUAUUUCACAGUUUCUUUGCUAACAGUGUUCAGAUUUUCUUUAUUUUUUCCCCUAACUGAACCACCAAAGACAGAAAUUUCCUAUGUAUAUACAGUGUGUGUGCAUAUACAAAAUCAUGAUAUGGUAGAAUGAAAUUACUUCCUUUUUCUACUAAAUAGAAAAGUUUGGUUUGCUGUGAAAUAAAUCAGAAGUUUGAAAAACUCUGUAGUAAUUAAGCAUACUUAAUCAUUCCUUCUUUAGGAAUUGUAGGCUCACUUCCACCUUACACAUUCAUACCAGUUUGCACAAAUCAAUAUCUGAAAAGAAUAGAAGAUGUUGAUGGCAAGCACAGCACUUGAGACCGAUGUGUUGAAAGGGGUUCCGUUCCGACAGAUGCCUGUGGCUUCCAAGGGCGAUUGGCCAUAGGCAGGUUCAAAUCUGUGGAGAACUUGAUUCGUUUUCAGAAGUAUCCCAUAAAGUUAAAGAAUCACACUUUAAAGGCAACAGUUCCUAAAUUUGAUCUAUAGUUUUGUUGAAAGCAAAUAUAAAUCAUAGUGAAAUUAUUUUAAAAGUUAUUGUUAGAAACUGGAGAAUUUUUUAACCACUAAGCACAGUGCAUCCUAAAAUAAAAGGAUUGUUACGGGGGUACUGCUGCGUUUCAUCUGCAGUGACCGUUUCUAUCAUGGGAGGACAAUCCGAGUAAAACUAGUUUAUGAUGCACAAUAUGAAAGUAAGGGUUCCAAAGGGAUAAAUGUGCAUGUUUGGAAAACUCCAAAUAAUCUUUCAACUCUCUUGAAAAAUAAACCUCUGUGGCUGCAGAGUGCUUGCCCUUGGUUUUCUUGAUUUUAUGCAUUUAUUUUUAAGAGGAGAAAAAAGGGGUCAGACAGAGUAAUAAGAUACUUUUUCUUAAAAAAUUCCUAAGUUACCUACAGCUGAGUGAUCAUUAAGCACUGGUUUACUGGCUACUGUUAAAGAAAUUAGGGUGCCUUCCUCUGGUUUUUAUUACCUGAGUCUACACCCCCUCUCUCUUUCCCUUGUGUUUUGAACUCACAUUGCAAUACUCUGUCAUAUUGGAAUACAACUUUUGAUGUUUACUGCUUUGGUAGGUCAGAAAUUUCAUUAUUUGAUUUGCCAUAAACACCCACUGUAAUGUUACGUGCAGCUUUUUUGAAGCAUGAACUCUGAAUUAAGUUUUUAUAAAUCUGACUAGAUAAACCCCUAGAUUCUGGUUUAACAACAGAUUUCUGUUGCCUCUCAGUAUCCGUUUUAACAGUGCUUUUGAAGUUUAUACAGAAAGCUUUAAAAGUUAGUUUGUGCCCUUGGUUUUUAUUCUUACAACUGCUAAAAUACCUCUGUAAGCCUUAUCUUUUACUCUUUCAUAUGUUGUAUAAUAAAUGUAUAGAAUUCAUUGACCAACUAAAAUGUUGGGUGUCUGUAAAUGAGAUCAAAACGUGGGUUGCUUUUUUUCAUAAAAUAAUUUCUCUUGGAGGUUACUGUUAAAUGAACAGCAGCUAACCUGUAACUGUGAAUGCUUCGUGUCGUCAGUAUUUGCAUUACAUUCAUAAACGUGUGCAAGUCCUGUGACUCCCAGCUUAACUAAAAUACUGUUAUGCCACCUAACUUGAGUACAGCAAACUGGUUUUAGGUUUUAAUGGAAUUGAUGUAAAAUGAUAUCCCAUAAAUAAAAAGUAUUUGUGUUUGG